AUGUCCAAAUGCCGCCUGCGCGGCCCCAAAAAGCGCCGCGGGAACCCCGAAUUUUGCCAGCCCCGAAUUGCUCGGAGACCCCAAAGCCGGGAAUGCGCAGUUUGCACAAAAACUGAGCCCCAGAUCCCGGGAUUCCCACCAUCCCCACGCCCGGGAGUCCCGAAUUCCGACAGCACCAAAAUCCCUUGGGAUCCCCACAUUCUCGCAAUUCCCGAGCCCAAGAGUCCCAUUUCCCAACAGCCCCGAAAUUACCGAAUUACGGGAGCCUCAAAUUCCGUGAUUCCCGCGAUCCCCGAGCUCACGAGAUUCCUGGAGCCCAAAAUUCUGAGCUCCCUGAACUCCGAGAGUCGGAGGAAUCCCCAUUCCCGGGAGUGCCCGGUUUUCCCGGUGCCGGGAGACACAAAUCCCGGAAUUCCCGCCGUUCCCAAGACCGGGAGUCCCAAGUUCCAGGAGACCCAAAUUCCGAGAGCCCCGACAUCCCCAACACCGGGAUCCCGGCGACCUCCCAGCCCCGGGAAUCCCGAGAUUCCAACGAUCCCAGGAGCCCCGGGAUGCUCCAGUCCCGGGAUCCUCAAAUUCCCUGGAACGCAGGGAGGGAGCACCUGGAUCCUUCAGCCCCGGGUCCUCCAGGACCUCCGAUCCCGGGAUGGAGCCCCAUACCCCGCCCCAGACAAUCCCGGCAGUCCCGACAAUCCCGGGAGCGCCGGGACUCCCAAAUCCCGGGAACUGCGUCCCGAGAUCCCGGGACCCCCGGCCCCAGGAACGCCAGGAUCCCUCAUCCCCAGGAUCGCCGAAUCCCGGGAGAUGAAGGAUCCCUGUGAUCCCCAUCCCGGACUUUCCCGGGAACACCGGGAGCCGCAAAACCCCCAGCCCCGGCAUUCCCGGGAGCACGGGGAGCCGCCAGCUCCGAGAAUCCCGGAAUCCCGGGAAAAGCAGGAACCGCAUCCCCGACAUCCUGGGGAUCCCCGGGAUCCUCGAUCCCUCCAUUCCUGA